GAAGGCGGGGUUGGGUGAUGGCUGCACCAACACAGCAGCUGACAGGACGAGAUUAUUAGCCAAACUGAACUGCAACAUAAAUGAAGGACAGUCUUUUUUAGUUCCCUAUUUGUAGCUUUUAAUUUGAGGUCCCUCUCGGUGAAGCUGAAGGUCGAACAGACUGGUUCUGCAUGGUGUUGCCCCCCUCCCCAACAAAGAAAUACUGUCUAGUGAUUUACUGCAGAAGUAUAGCUUCAGAAAUCAACUGGAACGUGUUUUCCUCCGCCUGGGCCACGCAGAAACAGAUGACCAGCUACAGGACAUUAUCUCCAAGUUUCUUCCCCCUGUGCUCCUCAAACUCUCCAGUGUACAGGAGGGUGUGCGAAAGAAAGUAAUGGAGUUGUUGGUCCACCUUAACAAGAGGAUAAAGAGCAGACCCAAGAUUCAGCUCCCAGUAGAAACUCUGCUGGUGCAGUACCAGGAUCCUUCAGCUGCCUCCUUUGUUACGAAUUUCACAAUCAUCUACAUCAAAAUGGGCUACCCACGUCUGGAGGUAGGAAAACAAUGCGAGUUGGCCCCCACUCUCCUCACUGCCAUGGAAGGCAAACCACAGCCUCAGCAGGACAGCCUGAUGCACCUGUUGAUCCCCACUCUUUACCAUAUGAAGUACCCUGCAGACACUUCUAAAAUUGCCACUCCAUUUAACUUAACUGAGAGGCCAAAGACAGUUCAGCUGCUGCUGGAGUUCAUGUUAGAUGUUUUACUAAUGCCUUAUGGGUUUGUGCUGAAUGAAUCACCGACUCGCCCUGCUCCCUCCUCCUCCCAGGGAGGUUCAGCAGAUGGGGCAGUGGGUACAGGGGGCCAGGGUCUCCCCCAGCCCCCUCCAGGGAUGAGUGUCUAUGCUGCCAAGAGAGUAAUUGGAGAGGCCCAGUGGAGCGCUGAGCAGUUAGAGCAGUGCAAGCUGGGCAUAGUGAAGUUCAUAGAGGCCAGGCAGGUCCCAGAGGUAGAGACUGUGGUACACCUGGUGGUGGCAUCAAGCGACACGCGACACAGCGUAGCCACAGCUGCAGAUCUGGAGCUGAAGAGCAAGCAGAGCAUCAUUGAUUGGAACAAUCCUCUAAUCAUCAACAAGAUGUACAAGGUGUACCUCGGGGAUGUUCCUCUGAAAACAAAGGGGGGAAACAUGAAGCAAGAGAUGAAGCAUGAGCCUGUAAGCACAAGAGUCAAACUAAAAAUCCUGCCACAUCUUCUACGGUCCCGCCUAGCUGCUGAGUGCUUUCCAGCCAACAUCCAGGUUGUAUAUGAUGGUCUGUUUGGAGCCAGCACCAACAACAAGCUGCUGUCUCUUACCUUGCAGUUUGUCCAUCACAUCUGCAUGGUAUGUCCUGAUUCUAAUAAACCUUUAGGACUUAUGCUCCUUAAUGGCCUCACCAAGCUCAUCAAUGAAUACAAGGAGGAUCCUAAAUUACUCUGUGUUGCCUACUCUGCUGUGGGGAAAUUGUCGAGCCGCAUGCCUCAGCUGUUCACGAAGGAUAUUGCACUUGUACAGCAGUUCUUUGAGUCCAUGUGCAAGGAGGAGGCUGAUGUCCGCCUUGCCAUCCAGGAAGCUUUAUCCAUGAUGGUUGCAGCAUAUGCCAACCUGCAGGGGGCACUGCUGAACCUGAUGGAGGCCCUGGUAGCUGCUUACAUUGUAAAGCCAGAGGUUCAAGUUCGCCAGGUGGCCAUGAAGUUUGCCAGCACAGUGUUUGCUCCUGAUCAUGUGCCAUCAAGAUAUCUGCUGCUUCUGGCAGCUGGAGACCCGAGAGAGGAGGUGUCUGGGGAGGCUCAGAAGGUGCUGAGAGCUUUACCAACCAAGAGUUCAGAGAAGGAGGGACCAAAGCCAAUGCCCUCCUUUCCUGAUAUGGUGGCCUAUGUCCAGGAGAAGGCAGCCCAGAGGAUCAAGACUCCUGCUAAAUACAUUGUUGGAACCUCCACUAUUCCUUUCAACCCAUCUGCAUUUGCAGAGAUCGUGCUGUACCUGCGGAUGUGUUUAGCCCACAGCGCCGGGGCCACGCCCAUGUCCACACGCCUGACAGAAAUGCAGGAUGAUGCACCAGCAAUCGGCCAGUACGUCCAAACACUUCUGUCCUCCGAUCAGCCUGCAGUGUCAAAGGUUUCUGAGGCUAAUCCUGUUCAUGGUUACAUGGAUCUGCUGCAGCAGCUGCUGUCCGCUGUAGGGGGAAUCCCAGUUAUGUACUGUCUACUGGAAGUGGUAUCUGUGUGCCCAGAAAAACUGGCUCCAAGAUUUAUUGAAAAAAUUGACUGGAUUAAAAGUCUGAUGAACACAAAUAAGGAGGACAUGAGGGAGCUUGCAGCGCAGCUGUAUGCUUUGGUGGUUUCCACCAUGACUGGCAACGAGCUGCAGAUGGCAGUGCAGAACCUGGUCAAAAUCACUAAAGACAACCAUAGUCCUGAGACUCAGCAUGGUGCCAUCUUGGCUCUCGGCUACAUGGUGGGAAGGUACGUGUGCAGGAGGAAAGCAGUCACCUCUAGUGACUCUAUGCACAGCAUGGACCAGCAAAUGAGCAUUCCUCCCGAAGAAGAUGAUGAACUUGUUGCAAUGGCCACCAAGACUAUCGGUUCCUUUUUGGACAGCAGUACGGCACUGCUAGCUAUAGCAGCGUGCACAGCUCUAGGAGAAAUUGGGCGGAAUGGCCCCCUGCUGGUUCCUGCUGAAGGCGAGGGCUUUACUAAACUGUCAACUGUAGAAAACCUGCUGACUCGGAUCCCAUCUGGCAAGGAAAGCACAAAGAUGAAGGAGAGAUCUAUUCAAACUUUGGGUUACCUACCUGUGGGAGAUGGAGACUUCCCUCACCAGAAAAAGCUGCUGCAGGGUCUAAUGGACUUUGUAGAGGCUAAGCAGGUGGAGCUGCAGUUUACAGUUGGAGAAGCUAUAACCAGUGCCGCAAUAGGCACCAGCUCUGGAGCUGCCAGAGAUCCAUGGACCUGCACGGAGGACCAGUACACCCCGCCCCUCAACAUGAAACACAAUGACGUGGUUCCGUGGGUCCUUGACUGCAUUCUGUGCAAGUACAUACCCAGCCAGAACCCUCAUGCUCGACAGGCAGCCUGCAUAUGGCUGCUUUCCCUGGUCAAGAAACUCAGCCAACACAAGGAAAUCACGUCCCAUUUAAAGGAGAUUCAGUUGGCCUUCAUCUCUGUUCUCUCAGACACUGAUGAGUUGAGUCAGGAUGUAGCCUCUAAAGGUCUGGGUCUUGUCUAUGAGAUGGGUGGAGAAGGCGACCAGCAGAAACUAGUGUCCACACUAGUGGAGACGCUCAUGACAGGGAAAAGAGUGAAACAUGCUGUUUCAGAAGAUACAGAGGUGUUCCAAGGAGAAGGUUUGGGAAAAACACCUGAUGGUCAUGGUUUGACCACAUACAAGGAGCUCUGCUCAUUGGCCAGUGACUUGAACCAGCCAGAUCUUGUGUACAAGUUCAUGAACCUGGCCAAUCAUCAUGCCAUGUGGAACUCCCGCAAGGGCGCAGCUUUUGGUUUCCACAUGAUCGCAGCCAAGGCAGGGGAGCAGCUGGCUCCAUUUCUGCCACAACUCGUGCCCCGUCUGUACCGUUACCAGUUUGACCCCAACCUGAGCAUACGCCAGGCCAUGACCAGCAUCUGGGAUGCCUUGGUCACUGACAAAACCCUGGUUGACAAGUAUCUUAAGGAAAUAUUGCAGGACGUCAUUUCAAACUUGACCAGUAACGCAUGGAGAGUGCGUGAGUCCAGCUGCCUGGCUCUAAAUGACCUGAUUCGUGGCCGCCAAGCUGAUGACCUCAUUGAUCACCUAGCAGAAAUUUGGGAGACCCUCUUCAGAGUCCUCGAUGACAUUAAGGAAUCGGUUCGAAAAGCUGCAGACUUGACACUGAAGACGCUUAGCAAGGUUUGUACUCGUAUGUGCGAGUCGACCGGCUCUGCAGCCCAGAAAACUGUGGCUGUAAUGUUGCCAACCCUACUGGAGAAAGGCAUCAUUAGCAAUGUUGCAGAGGUCCGCUCACUAAGUAUCCAGACCCUGGUGAAGAUCAGUAAGACAGCUGGUGCCAGAUUAAAGCCUCAUGCUUCCCGUUUGAUCCCAGCACUCCUGGAGGCUCUCAGCACCCUGGAGCCUCAGGUCCUCAACUACCUCAGUCUCAGAGCCACAGAGCAAGAAAAGAGUGCCAUGGAUGCUGCCAGGCUGAGUGCUGCCAAGUCCUCUCCAAUGAUGGAGACUGUAAAUAUGUGUCUGCAGCACCUUGAUGUUUCCGUGCUCGGAGAGCUGGUUCCCAGACUCUGUGAACUGCUCAAGAGUGGAGUAGGCUUGGGCACCAAGGGUGGCUGUGCCAGUGUUAUUGUUUCACUUACAGUGCAGUGCCCCCAAGACCUCACCCCAUACUCAGGUAAACUGAUGAGUGCCCUGCUCAAUGGCAUCCACGACAGAAGCAGCGUAGUACAGAAACAAUUUGCUUUUGCAUUGGGACACUUAGUCAGGACAGCAAAAGACAGCAGUGUAGAGAAACUACUACUGAAGCUAAACAACUGGUACCUGGAGAAAGAAGAGCCGGUGUACAAGUCGUCAUGUGCGUUGACUUUGCACGCCAUCAGCCACUACAGCCCCGAUGUGCUGAAAAGCCAUGCAGGAGUGGCUCUGCCGCUGGCCUUCCUGGGUAUGCAUCAAGCUCCCGGUCCUGAUGAGGAGAAGGGAGAGGGCCACGAUGCCACGCUGUUUGCUGAGGUGUGGCAGGAGAAUGUACCAGGAAGCUUUGGAGGCAUCAGACUCUACAUGACGGAGCUGAUUGCGAUCACGCAGAAGGCGCUGCAGUCCCAGUCCUGGAAGAUGAAAGCUCAGGGUGCCGCUGGUAUGGCAACCGUUGCCAAGGAACAGACAGGCUCAUUGGUAGCACCACACCUUGGCAUGGUGCUGACAGCGUUAAUGCAGGGACUGUCUGGGCGCACAUGGGCUGGCAAGGAGGAGCUGCUGAAGGCUAUCGGUUCUGUCGUCUCCAAAUGCAUCCUGGAGCUGCAAAAGCCGUGCACUGGCCAACCCACCAUCUCUGAAGUGCUUGAAGUCGUUCUGAAGGAAUGCCGCAAAGAGAGCCUUGUUUACAAAAUGGCAGCUCUGCGCUGUGCAGGAGACGUGCUUCAAAGCAGCAAGGAGGACGCUUUCAGUGAUAUGGCUGAGAUCCUUUUCCCUCUGAUCAAGAAGAGCUGCCCAGAGAGCGGAGCCGCAUCUCAGCGGUCACGGGAGGACGAUGAUGAUAGAGACGCAAAAGAGAAAGUGCUGCAGACAGAGGCUCUGCUCUGUGCAUUUGAGAGUCUGGGGAAGGCUUGGCCCAGAAACCCAGAGACUCAGGCUCGUUUCCAGGUGGAGGUGUGCAAUCUGAUGUGUCAGAAGCUAAAGCUGAGCACCUGGAAAGUCCAACUUGCUGUUCUACAGUCAAUGAAAGCGUAUUUCCAGGGGCUGUUGCUGCUAGAGAAAGGCAGUGAAGACUGUGAUGCUUUGUCACAGAUCCUCACAGAGACAUGUGCUGCUCUCACAUAUCCUUUAGAAAACAAAAGUUACUCCUCUGUGAGGACAGAGGCCUUGUCAGUUGUGGAUCUGAUUGUUAAGAGAACUGGAGAGAGUGAGCAGUGGGACUGUGUGUCCGUUAAGAGCCGGGAGCAGCUGCAGCGCUCUCUGUCGACACUGCAGUCAGACAACAGACCUGACCUGAGGGAUAAAGCCCAGGAGCUGCGCAGACACAUCCAGAGCCAACCCUGAGCUCUCUCUCUCUCUCACACACACACACACACACACACACACACACACACACACACACACACACACACACACACACACAUGCAGUCACCACCACCACAAAGUACAACAAAUUAAAACAACUUGUUUUCCUCUCACGAAAAUAAAACACAUCACACACUCCUCUGGUGUUUUUGAUGCAGCGAUCCAUCUCUAACACAAACCUCUGUAUAAGUUCAGUACUCAUCCAUCUAACGUGUGAGCUCUGAAGCUGACUUUGUUCAACAAACUGCUUCCCUGAAGCUGUCAGACUAAUUUCUGUUUGUGGCCAACAAUGCUUGACGUUGAAACCCAAGGAGAUGACGACAACACAACUUACUCAGAGAUUUUUAUGCACAGUGAUUGUGAGGAAAGCCAAGGCUACUGUAGUGAUGUGUCAAGUUGUAUGUGGCUCAAUUGAAUGGACAGUAAGAUAAUGAUAAUAAAUACUAUAUAAACCAAUGUGUUGGGUUUGUGGAUGCUGUAUACCUAUAACCCCAGAGUGGGGACUUUAACUACUGUUGUGGGUUUGCCUACUUAUUAAAUGUAAGAACAACAGCAGGCUGCUUACAUCGGCUAACACAAUGACCUAUCAACUCCAUUUGAAGUUGCAGUAUCCAGGGUUUGGACGCUUGCUCACUUUUUACAGUUGUUGCUGAGUAGUGGUGAAAGAAGUGAGGCAUUGAUAUAUAUCACUGUGUGUCCUGUAAACUGUUAUUUUUCCUGUUUGCAGGGUGAAUGAGCAAGAUGAGAGCCAUUUUUUUGUGAAGUGAUGAUAGACUAAAUAAAAUCCUGCUGUUAAAUUCAAAA